CCAUUUAAUUCACAACAAUAAGCUUUACCACCACGAUCAAUUUUCCUUCCCUUCUUUCAUAUACAUAAUCUUAAAAUGUCACCUCAUCUCCCAGCCCCAUCACCACUCUUCCGCCUCCUCACACCUCUCCUCCAAUCCUUCAGAUCCACCACCCUCCCCUCAAUUAGCUCAACAUCACCCCUCAGAACCUUCACUAGCUCUCCGUCUCUACAUAAAAAGAACCCUAAUAGCAAAACCGACCCUCGAGUAACUCUCAUCCGCUACCAUCUCCAACAUCCCAAGACUCCUCGCCCACUGCGUUUUUCACGUACGCGUGCGUUGAGACAUUGGACUAUUCAUCGAGCAUGGAUGAUAUUGAGGCGGAAGCAGAGGACUGAGGAGGAGGGAGAAUUAUAUAGGUAUGUUUUACCCAGUCUAGCAAAGAUUUAUUUUGCAGUUUUCUUAUUUUCUACAAUCCAAUUCCUUAUUUUUCUUUUCCAACUCGAAACUCAAAAAUUUAUUCAAUAUGAUGAAAUAUUCCGGAUGUUAAACACAUUAUACUCCGAGAGCGCAAAACCCAUGUGGAGAUUUCCGUUGCCUUCCUUCUGAUUGUCUAUUCCCAAUUCAAGCCUUGCUAGGCCUUGUCUUCAACUUACCUAUCUAUUUCUCAUGAUAUCUUCCCUCAAAACACUAACACCGAGUUUUCACCAGACUUCACCAAUCAAUGCACAACGCCAUGGAAGACCUCCGGCUACUCGAAGGCGCUGGCCAAAAAGAAGCCGGCAGACUAUACCGCGUAGCACUCGAGAAGAAAGGAAUUUUCGGAAAAGAUGGAGUUCCAAUUGAGUACGCAAGGGCACAAACCGAUACGCCAGCGAAAGAACCAUGGAAUCAUGGAUGGACUAGGGGAGAAGAGUAGGCUGAUAUAAGAUAUAUGACAAAAAUAGCAUUGCAAAGGUAAGCAACUGAGCACGCGCAUUUUUUUGUUUUGGUAUUGGUGGAGAGUAAUAUGAUGAUAUACCUUAUUCACAGACCUGUUCUGUAAUCUUCUAUGUGGACAAAAAAAGUACCAACUGCUGUCUGAUUUCUCUUUUAUCUACUAUUAUGUUUCUGGGAUUGGUAGUGGCGCAUUUUGCUAACAACUUACUAGGGUUUGUACAGUAAAUAUGGAGGAGAAUUUUGAGAGAUAAAUUUCAUGCAAGAGAACAUGCACUAUAGUAUACUAAGUAGUUACUUACGAUGAACUUGUUUAACGACACAAGGGUUAAACAUGAUUCGGGUCCAAAAACCCGAUGCACUUCAGACAUGCUAUAUGACGGGACUGAAGUUGGGAGCUAGAACCAACGAUCAUAAUCGCGCCAAGUAAGCGCCGUGAAAGACGGAGAAGGACGUCGUUCAUUAAGUCUGUACGAGGUUGCGGAAGAAAAGGUCAAUUCAUGUAGUAAUCAGGCCACAACCACAAGCCCGCAUCAGACGGCAUCUGCUAUGUAAUCCUAUGCACAAAGUCAUUGUCUUUCCGUCUCCGUAUCUCCAUUUCUCAAAUAUGCAUCGCGUCGCCAUUCAAUAUCCAUGUAAAAGUCCAUCCAUAACCAUAUAACCACCCCAACUAGAACCAUUAAAAACCCAACGCUAAUCUGCAAUACAAGCAAGUGCACCAACGCAUUCCCAUCCACAAACAACAUCAAAUUAUCUCUCUGGCUAUUCCUUCCUAAAGGGACGUCCCAAGCCAAACCUCCUCCCCAUCUUGUUCCAAGCCUUUUUCCUCGUGACUUCCGGGGUUUAUGUAAAUGAAAUCCCAAAUGAGAGGAGUAGGAGAUCAAAAACAAAUACAAGACUAAGGGAACCGAA